AUGGUCCCGUCGAAGAAGAGGAGGCGUCAAGACGGCGACAACGACUCACCCAGCAUCGCCACAGACGCCGCGCCUGGCAGCUCGUCACAGGCCGUCCUUUCCCAAGGCUUGGAUGGCACGCAGGCCCAUCAGCCGUCGCCUUUGCAUCUCGGCUUGAAUCACGACGACCUCGGUUACUCCUCACCGUCAUGGGCCAGCAUGAACGUCCACCGCAAGAUGGCGCCGCUGCCCGCGACCAAGAAGUCUCGCCUCAUCCACGAGUGUGAAAGCCAGCCGCCGACGCCCAUCGAGCAGCAGAAUAUACACAACACCAUGAUUCGCAGCCACUCGCAACCAGUCCUAGGGUCGGCGCACGCAGUCUCGACAUCGCCCAUCCUAUCGCCACACCUUACUCCGUCCCUUGCGAGGCCAACUGAGCCUUCACGAGCCAACUCCGCGGUGAUGCUGAGCCCGUGUCACAUCUGCCACCGCAAACCGACCAAGAAAUCUGACCUCGACUCCUUCGCCGACUGCAUGGGUUGCAACCAGCGAACUUGCUAUAUCUGCAUACGUCAGUGCCAGAACUGGCUCACCAAGUCGCCAGCCCAACGAACACAGGACGAUGACGGCGUGCUGAGCUCGUCAUUUACCAUGAAGGAUGCCGACGACCCGGAGAACGAGGAUACACGGCCAAACCAACCAGACACCAGAGGCGGGGGCCGCGAGAACCGCCAUGCAAGCUCGUGGCGCGCUCGUGGCCAUAGGGACGUCAUCUGCAGUCGCUGUUGCGUCGAGCGUGGCAGCGAAGGCGAGGUCGUGUGCCUGGGCUGUCUGUCGAGGAUAGAGGGUGCUUGA